CCUUUAAAACUCAUCAUUAUUUUAUUUUAUUUUAUCUAAAAAAAGGGAGUGAAAAUGACUGCAACUGUACUAGAAAGGGACCAAGCUGGGAGGUAUACUAAAAGGAAGAAAAGCUCAAUGAAAAUAGGAAUUCGCGUCUUCAAUCUUCUAAUUAAAUUCAACAAGCUGUCCACGAGCUUCAUCGAUUUUUGAACAACCCCCAUCUGCCUUUGCAAAAUUUCCCCUCGUUUUCCCCUUUCUUUACUGCCCUCUUCGUCAAAAGGACUCUGGUUCUCUGCAUUUCCAGUCGCCCACACGCUCCAUCGCCCCCUUUGGGACCUCUGUAAAUGGCUGCCAUGCUUCUGCUGCUCUCUGGUUUCUACAUUUUCACUCUCUGAUGGCUGUUUUUGGGGCUACGAAGAGAAUUUACAGGCUGAGACUAAGAACCAAUUGAUUCGUGGUUUCACUAUCAACCAUGAAAGGAGGAUCAGAGAAUGGAUGGCAUUACUUUAAGUCUCUUCAUUUUAGAGGUAAACCAGCCAACAAUUUGUGCUUGCUUCAGACCUCUGCCAGUACUCCGGGCGAAACUCCGGUCUAUCUCAACGUGUAUGACUUAACACCUGCAAAUGGCUACAUCUACUGGGCUGGUCUCGGCAUCUUUCACUCUGGCAUAGAAGUCUAUGGGGUUGAAUAUGCGUUUGGAGCCCACGACUAUCCUACGAGUGGUAUCUUUGAGGUCGAACCUCGGACAUGCCCUGGAUUCAAGUUUAGGAAGUCGAUUUAUAUCGGUACGACCUGCUUGGACCCAAUCCAAGUAAGAGACUUUAUGGAGUGUGAAGCUGCAAACUAUCAUGGCGAUUCGUAUCACUUGAUUGUGAAGAAUUGCAACCAUUUCUGUGAGGAUAUAUGCAGAAAGCUAACUGGGAAACGCAUACCGAAAUGGAUAAAUCGGCUUGCGAGAUUAGGUUCCAAAUGCAACUGCAUACUCCCGAAAGCUCUCAAGGCCACAACCGUGCAACACGACCCGGGAUUUGAGGGUGAAAAGAAAAGACUAAGAAGCGGUUUCGGUUGCUUAUCCUCAAUCUCUAUGAAUCAGAAGGAAGUUUCAAUAUCUUCACUGUUUCUACACUCUCACUAUAAAGGCUGCCUACCUCCAUGGGAACUGAAACGAUCCAAAAGUUGGUCGUUCAAGUAAGGAGAAGACGACUUACCCCAACCCGAGCUUGCUUACAAGGUUUGUUCUUCGAGUUCUCGAGAUAAUAGCCAUGGGAGCUGACUGGUUUGAGGUUUGAGGUUUGAUAGCCAGAGGCUUUAAUUUAUCUCUUUCUUUUUCUCUCUUUUGUUUCUUAGUCUCUCAGAGGCUUUGUUCUAAUCAUUGACUGUUUCUUUUGGUAGAGCUUAGGAAUCUUUCAAUGUAUAUUAGCUGUUCUUCUUCCUCUCUUUGCUA